AAAUUUGUUUUGCAUUCAUACUCAGAGUAUUGAACAAACUACAUUCAAACAAAACAUUCUUGAGCAAAUAUAGUUCACAAAUUUCUUUAGAGAACAGUAUUAUUUUUCCUAUUUAUGUCCAAAGUAAGGCGGAGUGCACAUCGCUGAGCACUAAACACAUGUAAUCUGCUUCAUACUGGACACCAGAGGGCGCCCUCGUGCAGAAACUACACAUAUGCAUCACAGACAUGAUAGAACUCAUGACGCUCCAGGACAUCCCUAAAAUGAGCAAAGGCAUCUAGCUAUAGCUAUGACUGAAUAAAAAGAAGAUAUAAACGCUUAAACUGAUCAAACAUGAAUACAGUAAACUCACGAAUGACAAUAUGGUUUAUCUGUGUUCUUCAAGCCAUCUCUGGUAUUUUCAUAAAAAUAAAGUAUAUUUAUAAUCCAAUGCUAAUCCAACGCUGGCCGUCGGUUGAGUACCCCUUUGGAAUAUAAGACGCAGCACAUUUCAAAUGAUAAAAAUAGUGUUUUAUGUUCAGGAAAAUAUGGUAUAGUAACAUUUCUUUGUCUGCCAUUUGAGCUUGGGAAACAUGCUGCAAAACAAGGUAUUUCGCAGAUUAUAUUUUGAAACAGGCUUCGCAUCAGGAGCGACUAUAAUGCCUUAAAAUGCCAUUAUCAAUUAUCCAAAAGUAAUGCUAUCGUUCAGAACGUUUGUUCUUUUAAGCUGUAACCGAGUGAAAUUUCUUCUCCAAAGUAGGAGCCAAGGUGGAUGGCCUUGUUAGUCAGAUGCAGAUGCUUGCAGUCUGAUCCCAUUGUUUCUAAUACAAAACUCUUCGUCGCACCAGGGCCAGAGCUCUCAAACGAUCCUAGAGUCAGAUGCUAUUGUUUAUAGAGAGGCGAGAGAGCGACUCCAGAGGCUCUCUGAUUGGAUUAGCUGGUUAAAAUCCCACUAGACGAACAGAAUACUGAUGCAGUCUCUCUCCUCACCUUCUCUGAUACACUUACUUCCCUCUGAACAGGAUACGGAGUACAAGAAUAUCAGUUAACAUAGUAAAAUGCAACAGCUGUUUUUGUUUUUGGUUUUAAUUUUCACAUUUUAGAUGAAGAAAAUAAUUUUCAUAAAUGUGAUAUAUUUAUAUCUAAAAACUCUUUCUUAUAUUCACAUGAUGACCAUAGUUUUCACCAAAAUUCUAGUUAGUUGCAACCAUGAGAAAACUGUGGUAACUUAAAAACGGCAAAAAAGGGUUUGAUUUUACAGUUGCAACGAUAACUUUUAACUAUGUUAUUUUUACAGAACACAUCAUGGUAAGGGAAACACUGCAACUUAAAACUAUAUUAUAAAUUAGUCAAUGAGAAUAUUUAUCACUGUCACAUGCUCUGUUAAAAAAUCAGAAGAAAAAAAUGAGCAAAAUUCUUUUUCCUUCUCAAUAGAAUAAAGAGUGGCAGAUGUUUAUGAGAAUGGCCGAUACAGUGUAUGGAGAUGCACAUAAAUACAUAUAGCCAUAAUCAAACAGUGUGGGCUUUACGAAACAUAAUCUUCUUUCACUAAUCUUGUGUGCAGGCAACAUCCUCAUUGGCUCACAGCUCUAGAGCAUGAACACAAGAGGCAGCGUGUGGACGGAGACAGCAGACAAACAGAAAACUGGAUCCUUCAUCAGCAUCAGCAGCUGUUCACACUGAAAGUAUCAAAGUUGCACAUCACCUCUAAAGCCUCACUGACAUGGACCAAUCAGCUGUGAGCUUGAGGCUUUCAAGGAGAUGCUCUAUGCGGCCCAGGACCAGGCCCCAUCCAUAGAAGUCACAGAUGAAGACACCGUCAAACGGUACUAUGCCAAGUUUGAAGAGAAGUUCUUUCAGACAUGUGAAAAGGAGCUCUCCAAGAUCAACACAUUCUAUUCAGAGAAACUGGCUGAGGCACAACGCCGAUUUGCAACUUUGCAGAAUGAGCUGCAGACAUCUCUGGAUGCCCAGCGGGAGAGCAAUGCUCCAGGGCUGCGCAGUCGCCGCAAAACGGUGUUGCCUUUGUCCAACAAAGAGCGCAACAAACAUCGCAACAUCAAAGACCUGCAGCUGGCCUUCAGCGAGUUCUACCUCAGCCUCAUCCUCCUGCAGAACUACCAGAAUCUGAACUUCACUGGAUUCCGUAAGAUUCUGAAGAAACAUGACAAGAUUCUGGACACACAGCGUGGAGCUGAUUGGCGUGUGGCUCACGUGGAGGUGGCUCCAUUCUACACCUGUAAGAAGAUCACACAGCUCAUCUCUGAGACCGAGGCUUUGGUGACCACAGAGCUGGAAGGAGGUGACCGUCAGAAGGCCAUGAAGAGGCUGCGAGUUCCACCUCUUGGAGCAGCACAGCCUGCACCUGCCUGGACCACCUUUCGUGUGGGACUGUAUUGUGGAGUCUUCAUUGUCCUGGCUGUCGCCUUUGUCCUUACUGGUGCUUUUUUCAUUCGUAAUCAGAACAUCUGGCCACUGGUACGCAUCUACCGUGGCGGUUUCCUGUUGAUUCAGUUUCUCUUCCUCUUGGGGAUUAACACGUAUGGUUGGAGGCAGGCGGGUGUCAAUCAUGUGCUGAUUUUUGAGCUGAACCCUCGAAACAAUCUUUCACAUCAACAUCUGUUUGAGAUCGCUGGGUUUUUGGGGGUGUUGUGGUGUCUCAGUAUCCUAUCUUGUCUGUUUGCGGACUACACUUGGCUCCCUAUGCAGACGAACCCCCUCAUCCUCUACGGCUUCAUGGUGCUCUUCCUCAUCAACCCCUUCAAAACUGCCUACUACAAAUCCCGUUUCUGGCUCAUCAAACUUCUGUUCCGUGUGUUCACCGCCCCGUUCCACCGUGUGGAGUUUGCAGACUUCUGGCUGGCAGAUCAACUCAAUUCUCUGGUCAUUGUGCUGUCGGAUCUGGAGUAUCUGGUCUGUUACUACAGCAUGGAGCUGCAGUGGGGAGAUCGCAGAGGCUUACUGCCCUCCACAUAUGGUGAUGAAAGGUGUAACAGCUAUUCUUAUGGAGUUCGGGCCAUCAUCCAUUGUCUGCCUGCCUGGCUGCGGUUUGUUCAGUGUCUGCGACGUUACCGUGACACCAGGAGGGCCUUCCCUCACCUGGUGAAUGCUGGGAAAUACUCCACCACCUUCUUUGUGGUCACAUUUGCAGCCCUCUACAGAACUCAUAAAGAUCAGAAACACACCGAUGCUGAGGUGUUUUUCUACAUGCUGAUCCUGUCUUCAGUCGUCAGUUCACUCUACACACUGAUCUGGGACCUAAAGAUGGACUGGGGUCUUUUCGACCGCAAUGCAGGCGAGAAUACCUUCCUGAGAGAGGAGAUUGUUUACCCACACAAAGCCUACUACUACUGUGCCAUUAUAGAAGAUGUGAUCCUGCGCUUCGCCUGGACACUGCAGAUCUCUCUGACUUCCAUGACUGCCAUUCCUUCCAUCGAGGACAUCGUGGUUACCAUUUUAGCUCCUCUGGAAGUGUUUAGACGUUUCGUGUGGAACUUCUUCCGUCUUGAGAAUGAGCACUUGAAUAACUGCGGUGAGUUCCGAGCGGUGCGGGACAUCUCAGUGGCUCCUCUAAACGCUGAUGACCAGACGCUGCUGGAGCAGAUGAUGGACCAGGAGGAUGGAGUCCGGAACAGGCAGGGCAAAAAGAGCUGGAAACGGAGCUACAGCCUGUCCUUACGACGACCCCUGCUAUCCUCACAGUCUAAGAAGGAUACUAAGGUGCUCAUUGAGGAUACGGAUGAUGAGGCCUUCAGCUGAACCCAGAUCUCGCUAUCACGCCACCUGUCUCUGCUUUCUAUUGGUUCCUCACAGAGCUGCCUCAGCACACCUGAUCCCAAACACACACAGAUACAUACAUAUUCACACACUCGCAAAACCAUCCAAAGACAGAGUAGUGGACAGAGUUAAGCACAAAAACAGCUGUGAGACAUAUCAGGACACAACAGUGACAUCGUACAAACACUAACACACACAUCCAACGAGAUAUACACACGCACGGAAAAGCCACGUGUGGAAUUUUCCUCAAGGUACUUUUUUUAUUAGACUUUUUCAUUUUGUUCCUCUAUAUUGAUACUUUUUUGUACAUUUGUUUAGGUUUUUGAAUCUAUAUUACUGCAUAUGACUGUUUACAAACUUAAAAUAAUAACUAGGAACUACAGGGAGGAGAGUUAUCAUAUGAAAGAAUAAUAUAUCGCACACUGCACGGACUCAAAUCGCACACUAUAACUGCAGCGCAUUUAGAAAUAACAACAGCUCAGUAGCUGAUGUUUGUUAUAUUUCGUUUAGUUGUUUAUUUCUUUCAUUUUAUUUGUUUUUUGAGUUGUCAUGACAUCAGAGUACGGCCCUGGUGGCACUUUUUGGAAAUGCUUCAUAUUUCUAAACCAUAAAAAACAUGUUAUGUUUCGUCAUAUUUAAUAUGCAAAUAUGUUUUUUUUUUUUUUUAACAUGCAUUGCUUUGAUAUCAAAGCUGUCAUAUUUUUGCCAUGUAUGGUUUGUGUUUGAGAGAAUGGAGUGUGUGUGUAUCUGUGUUUUAUUUUGGGGAGCGAUAGCUGAUGUUAAACGAAAAGUUUAUAUUCUGCUGUCCUCCUGCUGAUGUAUAGAAUUUAUAUUUUCAUUGAUACUUUGACCAGUGAAACUACUGUAAGUAAACCUGACAUUGCUGGUUAAUAUUUGAAAUACUAAUACUACUAUACUAAAAAAAAAAAAAGAUCAGAUGAUUCUGUGAACUAUUUCAAAUGCAAUGAUGCACUAAACUGAAAAGAUUCAGGAAUAAUUGUCACCCAACUGCAAACUGAAUGGAAGUGGACACAUUUUUAUUGAACUAAUGUGUUUCCUAUAUGGCUUUAUAUGUCACUUAUUAAGCAUUGCCAUUACCACUGCAAGCCAAAGAGGAAAUGCAAACACUGCCAGUCGAUUAUAAUUCUUAUGGUUGUGAUAUCAGUUUUGUAUCGUGGUAAACCAUAUGAAAUGUUGUGCAUCAAAAAGUAGUUCCAGUGUGGUGAGGAGACCAGCUUUUUCUUUACCAACAUCUUAACUAUGGUCGUAGUUUGAUUAUUUGUAUGCUUGAUGAGUAUGGCAAUAUCUUUAGAAUCAGUUUUACAUUUUGAUGAAAAAAUGUGAUUGUACGUGAUCUAUAAUGUACAUUUAUAAUGUACAUUUUUACAAGACAGGUAUAACUACCUUGUCUUUCAUACAUUUUCAUACAUAGUCUCUGAAUUUCAAACAGCAUAUUUAGGAGAAAAGCAUCUGUUUUCGCCUCUUUAUCAUAAUGCUUCGAUAGCAGAGAGUGAAGACUGUCAUUUUAACUUACCAAGACUUUUUUAUGAUUAAUAUCCAUUGCUGUCAUCAAAAAAAAAAAGGAAAAAAAAGAGAGAAAAAAACACCAGGGCUGUUUUAGCUGAUAUGUGUUUUGCUUACUUCUUUUAACUUUGAGUUUACUUUGAUACUCUUUCAACAGCAUGAGUUCUUGUAUUUUUGCAAGCACAAUCUUUCAGCUGUAACUAAAAUCAAAUGAAAAGAUGGGUUUGUCUUCACAAUCUCUCUUCUUAUUUACUCUUUAAAAGAAAAGUGUUAAUGCUAACGAAAAAACAAUGUACAGAUAGCAGACGUUGUGUUUGUGAGUAACAUAUUAGUUGACUAAGUUUAUUUUUUUUAUUUAAUUUUUUGCUUAAACACAUUUAGAUUACAAAUCUAACACAGAAGAAAGGAAAAACUACAUGUGAUUUGUGGUCGCAAAAGAAUAUAGAGUGCUAUCCUCAUUGAAAAUGUGGUGUUACUGUGUUAAUGUGCAGUCCUUUUGUCCUUUAAUAUUAAUGAAAUGUCAAUCUUGUUGUUCUCAAAAUGAUCCUUUGGCACACUGUGUCUUACUUUGCUGUCUUUAGUUCUUGACUCUGAGAACUGACUGAAUCCUUUAUCAAGUAGACUAUCGAGUGGCACACAAAAAAUUGUAGAAAUGAUACACUUUCUGAACCAAUAUCACCGUAUAUGGAUGCUGAGCACAAAUUUGCUCCAUCCAGUGCUUUUUGUAAUGCAUUGCCAACUGUCUUGCCUGCAUGCUGCUUUUGUUUUGCACUGUAAAUAGUUUAAUUUUUUACAUUUUAAAUGUGUAAAAGAAUGUUGGUUAAUUUAUUGUACUAAUUAUUUAUGUACAAGUUGGAGACUCUUGCUUUAAAUGAGCAGUAUUAUGGUAGAUGAAGGGCAUUUUUGAUUAAUCACAAUCCCACAGUCUUACAUAUGUGAAUUCUGUCAAAAUAGUGUAUCUUACGAUGCUUUAGUGAAUAUGGAAUGUGAUCGGUUUUAUCUACAGUAGGUGUAUAUUUCUACUCAUAACACUUUCAUCCCCAGGGUUUGUGCCCAUUUGACAGGACUUGGGUGACGGUGGUUUUAGGUGGUUUUGUGAUCUGAUCUGGCUGGAGGGAGGAUUGGGAGAUGAUUGGGACACGUUGACAUUCUCAUUAACACCCUAUCUAGGGGUUCUGUUAUGAGAUGAACCCUCAAAAUGUAGGGUUUUUAUUUUGUACUUUUUUAUUUGACUUUUUCAAAUACAGAACUGGAAUAAUACACAAGCCCUGACAUCAUUUCUUCAUGGGGGGAAAACUAUGUCGACUUGAUUGCUUGCUAAACCCAUGAUGUUAAGUGCUUGAUAUCUCUGCAUCUUUUCUAUCUCCUAUCUUGAUGUUGUAUCCCUUCUUAAAUACUUGACUGUGACAUUGUUUGUAGCUGAUAGAUGGUUGUACUUUUGAGUAAGUAAAGACUUGAAGAAAAAUAGAAAAAACUUGUGGUUCUGUGAUUAAAUAGAAAUAUAAAAAGAAAGAAAAUGUCUCAGAGUUCCCCCUUUUACAGAGUAGUUUGUAAAUGUUGAGUGUAUUCCUAUGAUGGUUCCACUGAUGAUCUCAUUUGUGUUUCUGUAUACACUUUGGUGAUCCUGUCAUAUUUGGGUUUUAUAAACCACGCUUAUUUUUAAAACCUU